AUGCACUUGGAAAUGAAGGAUAGGCAGCGGUGGAGAGCGGAAGAGGAUGCUUUACUACGCGCUUAUGUCAAACAGUACGGUCCUAGGGAAUGGAACCUUGUGUCUCAGCGCAUGAACACACCUCUUAACCGUGACGCAAAAUCAUGUUUGGAACGGUGGAAGAACUACCUCAAGCCGGGUAUUAAGAAAGGAUCUUUAACUGAGGAAGAGCAGCGCCUUGUCAUUAGUCUUCAAGCGACGCACGGAAACAAAUGGAAGAAAAUCGCGGCACAAGUCCCCGGUCGCACUGCUAAGAGAUUAGGUAAGUGGUGGGAAGUAUUCAAAGAGAAGCAACAAAGAGAAACAAAAGGGAUAAACAAAAACGUCGAUCCAAUCAACGAUAGUAAGUACGAACAUAUACUCGAAAGUUUCGCCGAGAAGCUAGUGAAAGAGAGACCUUCGCCUUCAUUUGUCAUGGCUGCUUCCAACAGUUCUUAUCUUCAUACCGACUCACAAGCAGCCACACCGGGAUUGCUUCCUUCAUGGCUUUCAAAUUCCAACAACACAGCACCUGUUAGGCCGAAUUCCCCUUCCGUGACAUUAAGCCUCUCUCCCUCGACAGUUGCAGCACCUCCUCCGUGGAUGCAGCCUGUACGAGGACCGGACAAUGCACCUCUUGUUCUCGGAAACAUAGCUCCUCACGCGGCUGUUCUAUCCUACGGCGAAAACAUGGUGAUGUCCGAAUUAGUAGAAUGCUGUAAGGAGUUGGAAGAAGGGCAUCAUGCAUUGGCAGCACAUAAGAAAGAGGCGGCAUGGAGGUUAAGCCGAGUGGAGCUGCAGUUAGAGUCGGAGAAAGCAAGUCGAAGGAGGGAGAAGAUGGAGGAAAUCGAAGCGAAGAUAAAAGCUUUAAGGGAGGAACAGGCAGUUGCCUUGGAUAGAAUCGAAGGAGAAUAUAGAGAACAAUUAGCAGGGUUGAGAAGAGAUGCGGAGGCCAAAGAGCAGAAACUGGCUGAACAAUGGGCUGCAAAGCAUUUGCGCCUUACAAAGUUUCUAGAACAAGUAGGGUGUAGAUCAAGGCAUGCUGAACAAAAUGGAAGAUGA